CAAAGCGAGACAAUAGCAAGUCGGGACCCAACACACAAAACUCUCCCAGAUGGCAAGAGGGUGCUGUUGCUGCGCCUGCGCGGAAGAAGAGCGGAAAAAAAUAAUGGAGCAGUUCAUUUCGGGAUCUGCUGAAAUCUUGCUUGAAGGAGAUCUGGUGUUUCCCAAAACCAGAAAUGCUCUCUACUGCUUAAACAACAACUGUUUCUGGAAGAAAAAUGGCAACAAUCUAGUUGAGGUCCCUUACAUAAUGAGCAGUGAAUACACAUAUUAUGAGAAGAGUACUAUCCAGAGCGCCAUGACGUCCUUCGCCAGCAAAACCUGCAUCCGCUUUGUGCCCAGAUCAUCUCAGAUCGACUACAUCAGUAUUGAGAACCUAGAUGGGUGUUACUCGUCUCUUGGUAGGACAGGUGGCAAACAGGUGGUCUCCCUCAAAAGGGGCGGCUGUGUGUACCAUGGCAUCGUUGAACAUGAGCUCAAUCACGCCCUGGGCUUCUACCACGAGCACACCAGAAGCGAUCGUGACCAGUACGUGAGGAUCAACUGGCAAAACAUCUCUCCUGAUAUGGCCUACAACUUCCAGAAACAGAACACCAACAAUCAAAACACUCCAUACGACUACGGCUCCGUCAUGCACUAUGGAAAUACGGCCUUCGCCACCCAAUAUGGGCAGGAAACCAUCACUCCCAUUCCUAAUGCAUUUGUGCAAAUCGGACAGAGACAGGAGCUGUCUAACAUCGACAUCCUGAGGAUCAACAAACUGUAUGGAUGCUGAAGCUGAGGCUUAUGUACACGUGAUGUUACUGAUCAUUUAAUAUAGUUUAUUUGUCCGUAGAUGUUAUAAUGCGGGAAUGAAGUGAUGAUCUUUGUUGUUUGAUGGUGUUGGAUUUCUGAAAUGUUUCAUUCU